AAAAGACGGAGUGCGCCACGGUGUGCCAUUUCGACUGAUUUCCAUCUGCUGCCUUAUACAAGGCUUCUCGUACAUCGAAGUGCGGUCGCUCGGACAGGUUUGCUUGUGAGUUGUAUCCCGAUAUCCGAAUGUGCCGUAUCUUGUAUUGUUUCUCCAGCAGGGUCCCCCACCUACACAAGAUGUCUUGGAAGAUCCAGUUCGCCAGGGCCGACGCGUUUUCUCGACGGAGCAUCCUCCAUUCUGGGUAGUGCGUCAGCGAGCAUCGACCCUGG